AUGGACUAUUCUCUAGAGCAUCAUCAAUCAUUUCUCAACAAAUCUGUUUCUCAGUUACCCACGCCAUCACUAAUUGUGAGCCUACCAACUAUAAAACGAAAUGUGGACAGGCUACACCGUGAUGUGGAAGAACUGGGGAUUGGAUUUCGACCACAUGUUAAGACCUUAAAGACUAUCGAAGUUACGAGGUUGAUGCUCGCAAAUGGGAAAUAUCACUCCAUCGUCGCGUCAACUUUGGCAGAGAUACGGGGAGCUUUGCCCUUGGUAAAGGAAGGGCUUCUAGAUGAGUGCCUUUACGGCUUACCGGUCUAUCCCGGGUGUCUUCCAGGCCUGGUCGAGCUACGCAAAUCGAUUCGCAUUACCCUUAUGGUCGACAACGAACAACACAUCGACCUUCUCGAGAACCAAGAUCAAGCACAACCAUGGGAUGUCUUUGUCAAGAUUGAUGUGGGGUCCCACCGUGCUGGUGUAUUGGCUGCCAGCCCUUCGUUGAGGAAACUAGUCAACCGGGCCGAAGCUUCUCAACAUGUUAAUCUCAUCGGCUUCUAUUGCCAUGCAGGCCAUUCAUAUGCUGGUAGAUCGCAAGAAGAAGCAGAAGAAACUUUGCACGCCGAAAUCUCAGGGGUAUUGGAUGCGGCAUCGCUGCUCCCUACCAGUCGUAAACUGACUGUAUCUAUCGGAGCCACGCCGACGGCACAUGUCGUCAAGAGCCUCAAGGCAACCAUACCGUCCAACAUUCAUUUAGAACUACAUGCGGGCAAUUUCCCCACAAACGACCUACAGCAAUUAUCAACCAAAGUCAUUUCCGAAAACGACCAAGCAGUCCGCAUUGCGACGGAAGUCUGCAGCGUUUAUCCAGAACGAAAUGAAGCUGUUGUAAAUGCAGGAGUGAUCGCUUUAUCCCGAGAAACAAGUGGCUUCCCUGGGUUUGGUCAGGUUGUGGGUCAGCCCGACUGGGCAGUUGUGAGGCAGUCUCAGGAACAUGGAAUAUUAGGGACUGAGAACUCUUCUUGCAAUGCAGCCGAUACAUUUAAGGUUGGACAGAGAGUGUAUUUGUACUGCAACCAUACUUGCAUUACUGCUGCCGCAUUCCAUGUCUUUUAUGUCGUUGAUGAGAAUGACGUUGUGGUAGACACUUGGGUUCCUUGGAAAGGCUGGUAG